UGGGAACAGGAGGAGACACAGUGAGGAGGAGACGUCCAGCACCGGCGGUCAGUUCGCUGCACGCUCUCCCACUGAAAGGGAAUCACCCAAGAAGGUUUUACUAACUCGCAUCCUACGCGGACUUGCAAGUGAAGAGUAAGGCAUUUUGAAGAGACAAGAUGGUUAGGAACACAUAUGGGAAGACCACAUGGGGUGCAGCUUUUCUAGAUGCCUUGGGGAACUUGGAUACAAAUAAACGUCUUGGACGGGGGAAGAGCUAUGCCAACACUGGGAAAGUGCUGAAUGUCAGCAUUGAUGGAGCCAAGGUAUCUGCGGCGGUCCAGGGGACCAGUCCUCGGCCAUACGGCGUCAAGGUGCAGUUCGAGCUCCUGAACCACGCCCACCUCCAGCGUGUGUAUGAUGUCAUCAAUGAGAACCCCCUUCUGUAUGGCCAGAUCAUCAAUGGUGAUCUCCCAGACGAGCUACUCUCCACUCUUGAGGAGGCUGAUAUUGACCUGCUGCCCGCUCACUGGUAUGACAUGAGGGCUCGCUGCUCGUGUCCUGACGAUGCCAACCCCUGUAAGCACAUGGCUGCCGUGUACUACCUCAUCACCUCGGAGAUCGACAAGAACCCCUUCACCUUGUUUAACCUGCGAGGAGUGGAUCUUAUGGGCUACUUCAACAUCAAGCCUUCCGACACGGACCCAGGGUAUCCACUGCCGCUCUCCCGACCUCUAAGACCGUCAUCAGCUGAGAUUGAAGUCAAUGAGAACCACAUUCUGCCCUGCCCUUUGGUAAAAAUCCCUCCGAUGUCUGACUUCAUCCUGAGUUGCCUGAGGAGCAAUCCUCCCUUCUCAUUGGAGCUGGACUACAAGUCUGUCAUGGAGGAGUUUUACAGCUAUGCAGCCAAGCAGGGUACGAAGGUGCUGGAUGACCUGAUGAAUGCUGGGAAGGCAGGCUCGGCCCAUUGGCUGAGUACACUGGACCAUGAUGAUGUACAGAACGUUAUGUCAGCCGCAAGAUUCCGCCUGAUUCUGGAUGCAAAGUUUGACUCGGCCAAGCUUCAUAUCCACAACCCAGUCUGGGACAAGAAGACAGCAGUAGACAUGGAAGGGUCUGGUAGCACCCAGUGGGUCACCAUCUCAAGUGUAUUUAAGAACCAGAUGCCAUACACUGCGGAAGUGAUCCCAUUGUGGAGGGAUGGACAGGAAGAGGAACAAACCUGGCUGAAGGUGGACCUGCAGACAGCCAUGCAGAUGUUCCUGUGGCUCAGUUCUGACUUUGGCAGCCCCUCAUACAGGUUCUUCUUCUACAGCUGCAGAGUGGCCAUGAUGCUCAUGAGGAAUCAGGUGCUCAUCCCUGAUGUGCUGCCCUUAUCUCGACGACAGCAGAAUAAGAUUGCAGACUUCAAGAUCGUUUGGCGGCCGGUUCACACGGCCGAGCUGGUGGCAGAACAGCUGGACAAUCUGAAUAAGAUCUACCCUGAAGAUGACCCCUGUGUUGAAGUGGAUGAGAUGCCUCUGGGUGGAUGUUCUGCAUCCCUCCAUGUCCUGUCUGUUCUCCUCACUAAGUUUGUCAAGGAUCUACACUUCAUGCACAAGAAGUCCAAGAACAACCCUCCACCUGAGUCUCUGGCAUUUUUCAGUGGGAAAGUGUACACCAUCAUGUCCAUUGCCCAGCAGAGUGUUCCCCGGGCCAUCAACAAAUACUUCGGUGUCUUCGACCUGAUCAAGACAGAACUAGAAGUGGCAGUUCACAUCAGUCCUCUGAAGACUAAGGGAAAGAAGAUCAAAACUGAAGAGCUGCCGCCCCCAGAUCACUAUAGCAUGGAAUUGUGGGUAAAGAUGAGGGACAAUGAACUGGCUCAACAUAAGCCAAUCAGGCGCUUCCUGAUGAGUAACAGCUGGGCUAAAGCUCAGGCCAUGAAGUUCCUGGCCACCCUACACACCUACCUCCCCCAUGUAGGACGACUGUUGAAGGAAGACUCCAUUGCCUUGACUGCAGUGCAGCUGGAAGACUUCAUCUUAAACACAGUCGAUGUCUUCAACAACCUGGGAGUCAAAGUCAUUCUUCCUAAGGAGCUCAGGAAGAUCCUGAAGCCCAAAGCUGUGGUUUAUGCUGAGCUGGAGGGUUCCACCAGGAACCAGCAGUCCUUCUUCAGCAUAGAUGACUUACUAACAUACAACUGGAAAAUUGCCAUUGGAAAUGAAUACAUUGCUGUCCAUGAGUUCCAGCAGCUGCUACAGAGUGGGGAGGGUCUGGUCAGGUUCAGGGACAAGUACAUCUCUGUCAAGCCUGAGGAGAUGUCGUCCAUUCUCAACAAGGUCAAACAGGAGCCACCACAGCUUUCCCCACUGGACCUGCUGAAGGAGUCCUUGCUGGAGGAUAGCAUGUUCCACCUCUCAGCUAGCUUGAGCUCUAUGGUGGAAUCUGUGAAGAAGGUGGAUGAACACCCCGUACCCCACAAUCUGGUGGCAACACUCCGGCCCUACCAGGUCUCUGGCUACAGGUGGCUGGUGUCCAACGUACAGCAUGGCUUUGGGGUGAUCCUGGCAGAUGACAUGGGUCUAGGGAAGACUAUCCAGUCUAUUGCUGCCAUGCUCCACCUGAAGAAUAGAGGUGACCUGACCCAUCCUGUACUACUGGUGGUCCCCACUAGUGUCAUGAGUAACUGGGAGAGGGAGAUCCAGCGAUUCGCACCCUCUCUCACUGUCUCAAGGUACUAUGGUGCAGGUAGAACGCUGCCCAGUACCCAGUGCCAUGGGAACUCCGACGACCUGGCUCUACAGGAGUAUGAGAACCAAACAGACACGCCUAACGGAGCCGGGAAGCGACCGUCUGCAGGGGAGGGACCGAAGAAGAAGCGUGCGCGUGUGUCGUGGGACGUUCCGCACACUGACAUCAUCAUCACCACCUACCACAUUGUUAGGAUUGACGUCGAUUCUCUGGCAAAGAUACAGUACAGUAUGGUUUUGAUUGAUGAAGCUCAGUACAUCAAGAACUGCAAGUCACAGACAGCAAAGGCGAUGAAGCGUAUGAAGGCUAAGAUGCAUGUUGCGCUGUCAGGAACACCAGUUGAGAACAACCUGUCCGAGCUGUGGUCUGUGUUCGACUUCACCUUCCCCAAGUACCUGGGCACCAACAAGGACUUCACACAUGCAUAUGCCAAGCCUAUAGAGCUGCAUCGUGACGCGGAUCGUGUGGAGGCCCUCCGUGCCAUAACCAGGCCAUUCCUCUUGCGUAGGUUGAAGACAGACAAGUCUAUCAUCAAAGACUUACCCGACAAGAUCACCACGCCUAAGUACAACUCUCUAACUGCUGAACAAGCUGCUUUGUAUGAGAGUGUUGUUCAGAACAUGGUCAAGAAGCUGGCAGAGGCCAAGGAGAAGAAGGAGAGGACAGGAGUGAUCUUCCAGACCAUGACAUUCCUCAAGCAGAUCUGCAACCACCCUGCCAACUUCACCAAGAACAGCAACAGGGACAUCCAGGCAUCUGGCAAGAUGAAGGUACUGAUAGACCUGCUCCAGCCCAUCCUGCAGCAGGGAGAGAAGGUGCUCAUCUUCUCCCAGUACGUACAGAUGAUCAAACUCAUGGCUCAGAUGGUGGAGGCGCACUUCAAGGUCAAGCCACUCAUCUUCGAGGGCAGCUUGUCCCAGCAGAAGAGGGAUGAAGCCACCACUGCCUUCCAGACCCAGCCACACAGACAGAUCAUGAUAGUGUCCCUGCAGGCAGGAGGGGUUGGGUUGAACCUGACAGCUGCCAAUCAUGUGAUCCACUAUGACCUGUGGUUCAACCCUGCCAAGGAGAACCAAGCAACCGACCGCGCGUUUCGUAUCGGACAGACCAAGACCGUGUUUGUCUAUCGCUUCAUCUCAGAGAACACCUUUGAAGAGAAGAUUGAUGCAAUGCUGGAGAAGAAGAAGGACCUGUCUGACUUGUCUGUACAGGCCGGGGAGACCUGGAUAGGCAACCUGAACGAUGACCAGAUCAAACAGCUCUUCACCAGGGAGUAGGGAAGGGGGCACAAGUCUGGCAG